UCUCAAGUCGUCGGUGGAUGUGAUUAACUUAAACAUUAAAUGUUCACGAGCUUCUUCUCUCUCUGAGCACGUGCGGUGGUUUCUGCUUCCACACAGGUGAUCUCCAGCUUCAGAAGCUUGAGAGGUGAGCGGUGUGAACAUUGCUGGAAUGCGACCGGAUUAUAUCAUCUGACCUUAACUCAGACGAGGUGAAGUGACCAGACCACGUUUUCCCCCCGCCGCUGCACUUUUAACAAUGCCUUUGAGGUUAUAAUGUCUACGCUGGAGCACGUCAUUCUGCAGGAUAAAGACCAGGACGUGGAGAAGAAGAAGCUGGACUGGAGUUACAUCGAGUGGCUCGAGGAGAAUGAAGAUGAAGCGGUCACCGGGGGUGUCGCGAACGCACAGACGCAAACUGACGGGGCGCCUCUUCAGCACAAGGAGUGUCAGACCAGCAACCCGGUCAUCAUGCACAUAGACCUGACGCGGAUGCACUCCAAGCUGAGACAGGACGCCGCCGACGGCCUGGUCGAACCGUUCUUCCAGUUCGACCGGCAGGCCCCCGCGCGCAUCUCCACGUCCCCCACCUUGAGGAGGAUGAGGAGCAUCAGGCGUCCUCUGAUGGAUACCGUCAUGAUGGGGAGCACUCAGGAGGAGCCUUCCUCUGGGAGCACGCCGCCACCCUCCAUCACCCCCCUGUUGUCGCCACUGCACAGAGUGAAGUCUCCUCUCGCGGCGAACCCCCUCUCCGAUGGAGAGAUCUGUCAACCCAUUUCAUCCUCCGGCCGACAGAGGACCAGAUCAUAUAGAUCAAAGACUUUUGACAACGGCGUCUCUUCCACGAGACAAGAAUGUCGCAGCGCUCAUCCUACUCUUAUGAAAGAUUUUGGAUUUCCUGAUAGUGGAGUACAGGAGAAGGAUCCCUGCCUGAACAGGCUUCAGGAGAGGAGGCGGAGCUCCGUGGUGGUCAGCCUGCUCGGAUUGGACGUUUCACCAGGAGACCUUUUUGUAUCCAACGGAGCAGCGGACAGAUUAAAAGGCUCAAACCUCUCUGAUACUAAGAAGUCAAAGUGGCCCUUUUCACGGCGUAGUACGACUAAAGGAAAGUCUCAGACGGGCACGACACCAGAUAUUGAAAAAUAUCUCUCAACGUCACAAAUUCAAGACUGGAGAAACUCUGACCUUCAGAUAUACAAGGACUACUCGCUAGCGGAGUUCUUGCGGGACCAGUCCUCCCAGGUGAGCGAUGCCUCUGACCCUCAGGGCUCCAAGAGACGAGAGGCCAUCUGGGAACUCUUCACCAGCGAGUGUGUUUACUUCCUGGAUCAGCUCAUGGUCCUCAAAGAGGUGUUUCUGGCUACACUCACAAACCUGCAGAUGAGGAACUGCCUGUCUGACGUCGACUCCUGGAGGCUGUUUGCAAACCUCAACGAGCUUUGCCUGGUGAGCUUCGGUUUCCUGAACAACCUCCUCCGCGUCAUCAAGGACACGUUGGAGAUCACGGAGGGUGGCGGGCCCACCCUGCUGGAGCUGCUGAGCAAGGCCUUCCAGGAGAGCGUCUGUCACUGCCUGCAGAAGUACUGCCUCAACUACUCCACGGCUCUGCUCUAUCUGGACAGCCUGAAGCCCAGAGAGGACUUUGGAUCCUACGUGAAGUGGUGCGAGAGGAACGAACAGUGCCGGAGGCUGCAACUGCGCGACCUGUUGGUGGCGCCGCUGCAGAGGUUGACUCGGUACCCGCUGUUGUUGCGUAAUAUCGCCAAGAGAUGCCAGACAGAGGACGAGACCAGAGGCCUGCAGGUCAUAGCGGAGCAGGUGGACACGUCUAUAUGUGAUUUGGAGGGAAAGGUGAAGUGGCUGGAUAACUACCAGAAGGUGAAACAGUUGAGAGAUGCUCUGGUGUGGCUUCCUGUCUGGGAGAGAGACAAGCGCGCCUUCGUCCCCGAGAAUCUGAAACAUCUGUUGAAGGCCGUCACGCUGGAGAAUCUCAUCUCUCACAGAAGUCUGCUGCACGAAGGGAAAAUGGUGCUGACAGAGAACACGAAGCUCAUCGAUGUUUAUCUGUUCCUGUUUGACGAAUUCCUGCUGAUCACGAGGACGAAGAGAAACAAGAAGCGGUCCAUCGGUCCAGAGCAGAACCCUCUCCGGAUGCCACAGAGCCAGGAACUGGAUCAGCUCCUGAAGGACGGAUGCACCUUCACGGUUCUGGACCAGCCCGUCUCGCUGGACCGACUCCAGCUCAAGAAUAUUGAUCAGCUCAACGCCUCCACAUCGGGGCUGCCUCACUCUUUCAUAAUCAUGCACCAGAACCGCUACCAGCAGUGUAUCGGUGCAUUCAUCCUGCAAGCUGCUUCAGAGGCUGCCAAGAAAGCGUGGAUGUCGAAGAUAGAGGGCGCUGUGACGGCGCUGCUGAGGCUGGACUCUCAGCAGCCGCGAGUCAAGAGCUCCUCCUUGUGGCUGGAGUCCUCCCAGAUAUGAAGAUAUGAGCCAUCAUCAAACAGCAUCAACGUCUCUACCGU